AAACUCUCUGGGAUUAUCCCUUCUGAAAUUACACAGUUGAUUAGCCUUCAGAAGUUGAACAUGCAACAAAAUACUUUUAGUGGGUCCCUUCCUCAAGAAAUAGGAAGAUUGAGGGAGCUGAGAAUGCUUCAUGUUCCUUAUUGCAAUCUCACAGGGACAAUCCCAAUCUCUAUAGAAAAGUUAAACAAUUUGAUUUAUCUAGAUGUUGGAGGCAACAACCUUUUUGGCAGCAUUCCUCAGAGAAUUUGGCUCAUGGACCUAAAGAAUUUGUCAUUUGGAGCUAAUAAAUUCCAUGGUUCCAUUCCCAAAGAAAUUGUGAAUAUGAGGAACCUGGAGUUUCUAUAUCUUGGGGAAAGUGGCCUUUCUGGCACCAUGCCCCAAGAAAUUGACAUGCUGGGGAAACUAAUACAUCUGGGCAUGAGCGGCUGUAAUCUUACUGGAUCCAUACCUAUUUCAAUUGGAGCUUUGACCAAUCUAUCACGUCUCGGCUUACAUGGCAAUCAACUUUCUGGUCACAUUCCUCAUGAAAUUGGAUUUUUGAGAAAACUCAUUGAACUUGAUUUGUCUGAGAAUUUUCUCUCUGGUAAAAUCCCUUCCACAAUUGGAAACUUGAGCAAUCUAAGUUAUCUUUACCUUUAUGACAACCAAUUAUUUGGCCUUAUCCCUGAUGAAAUAGGAAAUUUGCAUUCCCUUCUAACAAUCCAAUUGCUCGGCAAUAAUCUCUUUGGACCAAUCCCUACUUCCAUAGGUAACCUGGUCAAUUUGGAAUCCGUUUUACUUUAUCAAAACAACCUCUCUAGACCAAUUCCUACUUCCAUAGGUAACCUGGUCAGUUUGAAAUUCAUUUCUCUUUAUCAAAACAACCUCUCUGGACCAAUCCCUACUUCCAUAGAUAACCUGAUCAAUUUGAAAUCCAUUUCUCUUUAUCAAAACAACCUCUCUGGACCAAUCCCUACUUCCAUAGAUAACCUGGUGAAUUUGAAAUCCAUUUCUCUUGAUCAAAACAACCUCUCUGGACCAAUCCCUUCUUCCAUAGGUAACCUCGUCAAUUUGGAAUCCAUUUAUCUUAAUCAAAACAACCUCUCUGAACCAAUCCCUACUUCCAUAGAAGCAAAUGCUCUGCUGAAGUGGAAAGCCAGCCUUGACAAUCAGAGUCAAGCUUCUCUCUCUUCAUGGACUGCCAACACUUCUUGCAGUUGGCUUGGAAUUGCAUGUGAUCACUCCAAUCACGUCUCCCAAAUAAAUCUUCCAAAUAUUGGAUUAAGAG